AUGCGGGCGAUGCGAGCCUGGCUAUGGCUUACGAGCUUGACGCCGCUGCUGGCAGCCGCAAGUGACCAGAUAUGGACCAAGAAACACGAGCCUGGACGGUGCGCGCUCCGUGGACAGUGUGGUCACAAUGGCUUCUUUGGAAGAGACUUGCCUUGUGUGGACAACGGGGUCGCGGAGGAUCCAUCGGAAGAUGUGCGCAAGCAGCUGGUAUCGAUUUGUGGCGAGGAAUGGGCGGACACCAAGGUGUGCUGUCGCGCAGACCAACUCGAUGUUCUGCAAAGCAAUCUGAAGACGGCGAACAAUCUGCUCUCUGCGUGUGGAGCGUGCAAGAAGAACUUCUACGACCUUUUCUGCACCUUCACCUGCUCGCCGGAUCAAAGCUUGUUCGUCAAUGUCACGGACACUGAGGCAAAGGGAGACAAAAUGCUCGUAAAGGAAAUCGAUCAACUGAUCAGCGAUGAUUUUGGGGCGGGCUUCUACAACAGCUGUAAGGAUGUCAGCUUUGGUAGCGCAGGAGCCAAGGUCAUGGACUUCUUUGGCAACUCGAAGAACUAUACACAACUCCUGAAAUUCUUGGGCGACAAAAGCUUCCUGGGUAGCCCAUUUCAGAUCAACUUUCCUCGGCCAAGCGAAGGUUAUCCCGGAAUGAAGACCGUACUGGAAGAUCCAAUACCUUGCAACACGACUGACGAGAUUUACCACUGCGCCUGCGUGGAUUGUGAGGGGUCGUGUCCUGUUCUGCCGGCCGUCAAAGAGAGCGGAGAAUGCUACGUUGGAUUGUUACCUUGCCUCAGCUUUGCUGUGGUCAUAGUCUACUCGGUGUUCGUCGCCCUGUUGGWGCUUGCGGUCACUGGCCAUGUUGCAGCGGCAAAGCGACGAAAGAGCAAGAAUGAGCGUCUACAGCUACUGCAAGACAUUGCACCCAGCGAUGAUGAGGACGAAGGACACAUUGUUCACAGCGUCGGCAUGCUGGAUCGACCCACCAAGCAGUACGUGGUCAACACUUUUCUCGACCGCGUCUUCUCGAAAUUGGGGCGGACGUGUUCCAAGUUUCCCGCCAUUACCAUUUCUAGCUCUGUGAUCGUUGUUGGGCUGCUCAGUCUGGGAUGGAUCCGCUUUGCCGUCGAGACCGACCCAGUCAAGCUAUGGGUGGCGCCCGAUUCUGACGCAGCAAAGGAAAAGGAGUUCUUCGACAACAACUUCGGACCUUUCUUCCGCACCGAGCAGGCUUUUUUGGUGAACGACACCGACUCCGCGCUCGGCCAAUCUCCAGUGCUUAGCUAUGAUACGCUUGUUUGGUGGUUCGAUGUUGAACGUAGGAUCAGCGUUCAAAAAAGUGUGGGAAGCGGCUACACCUUGAAAGACGUGUGCUACAAUCCUACUGGAGACGCAUGUGUCAUUCAAUCGCUGUCUGGCUACUUCACCUCAGAGGACUUGACCGCUAAGAAUUGGGACGAACACAUUGUGGCGUGCUCUGAGCAAACCGCCAAAGACACCUGUCUGCCAGAAUUCAAACUCCCCAUCCCGAUUGAGCGUGUCUUGGGAGGCUAUAACCGGACCGACAGCAAUCAGACUGCUCUUCAAGCAUCUGCCCUCGUCACGACUUGGGUGGUGACGAACUUCAAUCCGGGCGAUCCUAACCUGGAGAAGGCAGAGGAGUGGGAAGAAAGUCUCGAGCGUCUGUUCCACGAUAUUCAGGAUGAGGCCAAGGAACGUGGCCUCAGAAUGAGCUUCAGCACAGAAAUAAGCCUUGAACAAGAACUCAACAAAAACACCAACACGGAUGCCAAAAUCGUGGUCAUCAGCUACAUCGUAAUGUUCAUUUACGCGUCCUUGGCCCUCGGAAGCACGACUGUCACUGUCGGUACACUCUUGCGGAAUCCGUUGGGGGCCCUGGUGCAGAGCAAAUUCAUGCUCGGAAUUGUUGGUAUCCUGAUCGUACUCAUGUCCGUCGCUGCGUCCGUUGGUCUCUUUGCUGCCGCGGGCGUCAAGGCAACGCUCAUCAUUGCAGAAGUCAUCCCAUUCCUGGUGCUUGCAGUCGGCGUCGACAACAUUUUCUUGAUCGUUCACGAAUUCGAGCGAGUCAACAUCAGUCACGCAGACGAGGACGUCUCUGAGCGCGUAGCACGUACUCUUGGACGAAUGGGUCCUUCGAUAUUACUCUCCGCCCUCACAGAGACCGUGGCGUUUGCGCUCGGAGCUGCGGUCGGCAUGCCCGCGGUGCGAAACUUCGCAGCAUAUGCAGCCGGCGCAGUCUUCAUCAACGCAAUCCUCCAAGUAACAAUGUUCGUUUCAAUUUUGGCACUCAACCAGCGACGAGUUGAGGAUGGCCGCGUGGACUGCAUCCCUUGCCUCAAGGUGCAGAGCGGACAUGGCCACCACAUGCCAAAUGGCUAUGGUGGUGCACCUUUCAGUGGUGUUGAUGAAGAAGGCUUUCUUUCCAAGUUCAUCCGCAAGCACUACGCACCGGCUAUACUUGGCAACAAGGCCAAGGUUGCAAUUAUGACGGUUUUCGUUGGGCUGUUCGCCGCUGGCAUUGCGCUUCUCCCCAUCGUGGAACUGGGAUUGGACCAGCGCAUUGCGAUCCCGUCAGAGAGCUACCUCAUCAAGUACUUUGAUGAUCUGGACGCAUAUUUUGGAUCCGGUGCACCUGUAUACUUUGUGGUCAAGGACGCGAACAUCACUGCGCGACCUCAUCAGCAGGACCUUUGCGCUAGGUAUACUACCUGCCAUCAAUACUCCCUUGCCAGCAUCCUCGAGCAAGAACGAAAGAGGCCUGAAGUAAGCUACAUUGCUGAAGGAACCGCGAGCUGGAUCGAUGAUUUCUUCCAGUGGCUCAACCCUGAAUUUGAGUGCUGCUUUGACGGCUCUAAGAAGUGCUUCGAGGACCGCAAUCCGCCAUGGAAUAACACACUGUACGGAAUGCCCGAAGGCCAAGAAUUUAUUGACUACGCAACAAAGUGGUUGGAUAGCCAGCCUUCCGAGGACUGCCCGAUGGCUGGCAAAGCCGCGUAUGGCGAUGCYGUCGUGAUCAACAACAAGCGCACCACUAUCAAGGCCAGUCACUUUCGGACGGCUCAUUCUCAAUUGAGCAAGCAGGAAGAUUUUAUCAAGGCUUAUGCGUCAGCUCGCCGCAUCGCAAAGGAUAUAAGUGAUGCAAACGGCGUGGAGGUCUUCCCUUACAGCAAGUUCUACAUCUUCUUCGAUCAAUACGCCUCGAUCGCAAGGCUCGCCAUGACUUUGGUCGGCGCAGCGUUGGGGUUCAUCUUGGUCAUCUCGUCACUCCUGCUUGGCUCCAUCGCGACCGGAAUUGUGGUCACAAUCACCGUGCUCAUGAUCGUCGUUGACAUCGUGGGAACAAUGUCUCUUGUUGGUGUCUCCCUCAACGCCGUGAGCUUGGUCAACAUCAUCAUCUGCGUCGGCAUUGGUGUCGAGUUCUGCGCUCACAUCGCCCGAGCAWUCACAAUCCCCUCACCGUCAAUUCUGGAGCGCGCCCAACCCAAGUUCCGUGGAAAGGAUGCACGCGCGUGGGCGGCGCUUGUCAAUGUGGGUGGCAGCGUCUUCAGCGGUAUCACCAUCACCAAGCUGCUGGGUGUGUUCGUUCUCGCAUUCACAAGGAGCAAGAUUUUCGAAAUCUACUACUUCCGCGUCUGGCUUGCGCUUGUGCUGUGGGCUGCGCUGCAUGCUUUAGUCUUCCUGCCGGUCGCCUUAAGCAUCUUCGGAGGUAGAGGCUAUAUUGAAGCCCCGGGCUCUGAUGGUGGGCUCGAGCAGGACCUUGCUAGCAGGCGCUAUCGGGCUUUAUUGCCCGACGAUGAAUACUCGGAUGAUGGGUACUGA